AAAGUUUAUUCGUGUUUUCAGUCGAUUUGGUCGCUACGCAGACCAAUUUUUAGUUCAUUAGAAUUGAUAUAAAAAAAUAAAUCAGAUUUCACGUGCAUUAUAAUCAAAUUUUUCGAAAAUUAAGAUUUUUUUCUGAGGAGCAAAAAAGAACGCAUCAUGACUGCUAAUCCGCCGGAGGAAACCUUCGACCAAGCCGAGUUUGACGAGGAUGACCUGGGUGAAGUUCAAAUAGAGUCGACAGCGGGACGGAAACGACUUUUCAGUAAAGAACUGCGCUGUAUGAUGUACGGCUUUGGAGACGAUCAGAAUCCCUACACGGAAAGCGUUGAUCUUCUCGAGGAUUUAGUGAUUGAAUUUAUAACGGAAAUGACACACAGAGCUAUGGAAAUUGGCCGAACCGGUCGAGUGCAGGUGGAAGACAUCAUUUUUCUGGUUAGAAAAGACGCCCGGAAAUAUUCCCGCGUUAAGGAUUUGCUAACGAUGAAUGAAGAACUGAAACGGGCUCGAAAGGCCUUCGAUGAAAUUAAGUACGUUGGAGCCGAAGCCAAGCUUAAGUGAGAAUGAAUGUUUGUACCUCUUCUAUGUUUAAAGCGCAAGAUUAAGAAGACUUUUUUUUUCAAUUUACCUGUUGUUUUACUAGAAACACCAAUGCGUGUACUCAGCAAAUGCAAAUAAAGCCACAAAAAUAUACAUAACGGAAA